AUGUCAGACUCUCUGCUGUCUGUGUGUGUGCUGUGUGUGCUCGCGCUCUCCACGCUCUCGUCCGCCUGCUACAUCCAGAACUGCCCACGAGGAGGCAAGAGAUCCCAGCCGGAGCCCAUCAGACAGUGUAUGUCGUGUGGGCCCGGGGGUGUGGGCCGCUGUUUCGGCCCCAGUAUCUGCUGCGGGCCGGGACUGGGCUGUGUGCUGGGCUCCACAGAGGCACAGGUGUGUAUGGAGGAGGAGCAGCUGUCGGGCCCCUGUGAGACCGGCGGGACGUCCUGCGGGGACCGAGGGGGACGCUGCGCUGCUGAGGGCAUCUGCUGCGACUCGGAGAGCUGCGCUGUAGACCCGGACUGUCCUGAAGACAGCAGCGCGGGACUGAAGAGCGUCUCAGGAGAAACUCUGCUGCGUCUGCUCAAUCUGGCAACCCGCAGACAGAGACCCUUCUGAACACACCGUCUGAA